AUGUCGAAUUCUGAGCCUUCUGCAAAACGAAUCACCCUUGGAGCCAAGACUCCACAACGUUCGCUGGCUUCAAUAAUAAAUGCAACUCGCGCAAACUUUGCCGAAACUCCUCCUAAUGCAUCUAUAUUUCAUACUCAAUCGGGCAAAAAACAAACCACGUCCAAAAGAUUAACUAAAAGUUUUAAAUCCCCAUUAAAUCAAGUACAAAAAGACCCAGAAAUCAAAUCAAUGAUCGAAAAACAACGUCAAUUAGAAAAGGAUAUAGAGAAUGCAAAGGAUAAUAUUCGAAAAAUCAAAUUAUUAUUGAAUUAUCAAGAAAAGAAUGAAAAUGAGAAUAAUGAUACGCUUAUAAAAAAAUGGAGACGUGCAAGUCAAGAUGCUGCGGAAUUUUUAUUUGAAAAACUACCAAAACAAUCUUCAUUUCUUGAAGAGGCGGGAUUUUCAAAUUCUUGGGACAAAAAUUGGGGAUGGGGUGAGGAAGAACAUCAGAAAAGAGAUAAUAAUUCAGAUCAAGAUGAUGAAAAUUACU